AUGGGCGACAUUGGUGAAACGAACACUAUGGUUACUGGAGCUUCUGCAAUAUUAACUGCUCUCGAGGAUGCUGGGAUAACGCACCUGUUUGUUAAUCUCGGGUCUGAUCACCCUGCUUUUCUGUCAGCAUUUGCUUCAAAAGAACAUGGCCUCAAAAUAUGCACUUCGCCAAAUGAGAUGAAUGCAUUGUCGGCAGCUUCAGGCUACGCUCAGAUAACUGGGAAGCCAGCAGCAGUUCUGGUUCAUGUGGAGUGCGGGACUCAAGCCCUUGCCGGUGCUGUUCAUAACAUCAGCAAGGGUCGCAUUCCGGCAGUCAUCCUCGCUGGAACUGUUCCAAUCACACAAGAAGGCGAACUCAAGGGCAGUCGAAACGAAUACAUCCACUGGAUACAAGACGUACCGAAUCAAAGAGCCAUUGUUGCACAGUAUAUGAGAUAUGAGCAUGAAAUACGAUCAGCACAUAAUGCCACCCAACUUCUAUUGAGAGCGGUCCAGUUUUCCACAUCGAGCCCUCAAGGACCCUCCUAUUUGAUCGCUGCACGGGAGACACUUGAGCAAGAAAUACCGUCUCCGAAAGCGAAUCCCACUUUGAGUGGCUCACAGAGCUACACAAAGACUCAACCAUUGGAGCUUAUGGGUCUCUCACCUACAGCGAUAACAUAUCUCACAGAUGUGCUGUUAAGCGCGCAACAACCCUUGAUCAUCACAAGCUACUGUGGCCGGUCCCAGCAAGGAUUUGACGCUCUACGUACUCUUGCAGAGCUCUGUAUACUGCCGGUUCAUGAGAAUGCACCGAUAUACAAUAACUUUCCAACAACAUCUUACCUUCAUCAAGGCCAUCAAUGGAAUGGUGGAGGUCAACUACCAGCACUAGCUGAAGCGGAUGUCGUGCUCGUGAUCGACUCGGACGUUCCUUGGAUCUCAGCUCAGUCCAAACCAGCACCAUCUGCUCGAGUGUUUCACUUGGACGUCGAUCCUCUUAAGGAAGGAACAACGCUGUGGUAUCUGCCUUGUAAGAAGAGGUGGAAGUGUGAUUCUGCUCUAGCGCUACAACAACUGGCGGACUCUAUACGGCUUUCCGCGUCUUUCUCCAGUUCCGAGGUACAAGAAAGCCUGACUCGUAGGAAACAGUUCUUACAACAGCGCUUUGAAGCCAGACAACAACGACUCAGUCAAGCCGAGGCGCCUCAAUCCGCGUCCAGACUUACAGUACCAUUCUUCAUGUCGCGUUUACGAGAAGCAACGAAAAGUCUGCGAGUCGUAGGCCUGAACGAAUCAACGACAAAUCUGGGUAACGUGGCCGACUUUUUACACCAUGAUCAAGCUCUUUCACUGAUUGGCAGUGGCGGUGGUGCGCUUGGCUGGUACUCGGGAGCUGCUGUAGGGGCAUCUCUUGCUCUACAGGAGCAAGGACGAUCCAAUGACCUCGUUGUUGCAUUCACUGGUGACGGAACAUGGCUAUUCGGAGUUCCUAGCUGCGCCUAUUGGAUGGCCAAAAGGUACAACACUCCCUUUCUUACGAUCAUUUGGAACAAUGGAGGUUGGGCAUCUCCAAAGAAUGCUUGCUUAAGAGUCCAUCCCGAGGUCCAAUCUAGACCCGGAUACAACAGCACAGAAUUGAGCAACGAUUUGAUGGUCGCGAUUGAUCCGUCGCCUGCAUUCGGCAAAAUUGCGGAGGGAGCUGGUAACGCAUGGUGGGCUGUUGCGAAGACUUAUGAUGAAGUAGAUAGUAUCUGCCAGACGGCCAUCAAGGUUGUACAGGAAGAACGUAGGUCUGCCGUGGUGGAAGUUGUCAUUGACAAAAUCUAG